AUGCAGUCGAACUCUCAAAAGCAGAGCUCCAUUCGUGAAAGUCAGCUUAAGAUUGUAAAUGAGUGGAAAUAUUUGGACUUUGAAUAUCCAACUUUUGUCGAACGCCAACGAGCAAUUAUGAAUGGAGACUUUAUACCGAAGAAUAAUCUUCCUUUGGGCAUUGACGUACAUAAAAACCGAUUAUUUAUUACUACGCCUCGUUGGAAAGACGGCGUACCCGCAAGUUUGGGUACUAUUCCGUUCCCGACGAGGGAAUUAAGUCCAGCAAUUAAACCAUAUCCCAAUUGGGAAGCUCAUGGAAAUCCAUAUAAUCCAGACUGUUCUAAAUUGAUAUCGGUAUAUCGCACUACCGUAGACACAUGUAACAGACUCUGGCUUAUUGAUUCUGGUGUUAUCAACGCCACAAUUAACAUAAAUCAAAUUUGCCCGCCAAAAAUAGUAGCUUUUGAUCUAAACGCAGACAAAACGAUUGUUCGCUAUGACUUGCCUAAAUCGCAAGUUAAAGAGGAUUCUCUGCACUCCAAUAUCAUUGUUGAAGUGGGUAAUCAUUGCGAAGACGCACAUGCAAUUGUAGCAGACGUAUGGCGUUUUGGUCUUAUUGUUUAUAGCUUGGCGAAAAAUAGAAGCUGGCGAGUAACUAACUACAAUUUUGCACCAAAUCCAGUGGCUUCCGACUUUAAGAUAUAUGGAUUGAACUUUCAAUGGCUGGAUGGUGUGUUUGGGAUGAGUAUAUCUUAUGAUCAUCAAAGUAAGCAGCGUGUGCUUUAUUUCCAUCCAAUGGCAAGUUUUAAGGAAUUUAUAGUAUCGACCGAGCUCUUGCUAACCGAAUCUUUAUGGGAAAUUAAUAGUCAGGAUAACGCAAAAUAUUUCUUUUCAAUUGGCGAUCGCGGAUACAAUGGUCAAUCCUCCACAUCUGGAAUUGCUAGAAAUGGUGUAAUGUUCUAUACACAAGUUCAUCGAGAUAACAUUGGUUGCUGGGAUACAGCCAAACCAUACACGCGGGCCAAUUUAGGAAUGCUCCUCGAUCCGGAUGUCUCCUCAACGCUCAUUCAAUUCCCCAAUGAUUUGAAAGUAGACGAAGGAGAAACUCAAAGCGUGUGGAUAAUGAGCAAUCGCUUGCCUAUUUACUUAUAUAGCCAGCUGGACUAUUCAGAAAUAAAUUUCCGCAUUUUAAGGGGUGAUGUCAACAUGAUCAUCAAUAGCACCAUAUGCAAUCCUGCCAACGUAUACGGUAAUGGAUCUAAAUCUGCUAUAGUGUCAAUAAAGGAAGGGCAGUGCUAUUAAACAAAUUGCAGUUACAUUAUAAAUGAGUUUCAAGGCUUAAUGCAAAAAAUACAAAAAAACAUUUAAAAAAAUACUAUGUACGACUUUAUGGCAUUUUAAAUUUGCUUU